UUGGCCAAGCAAACAUGGUGGCAACCAGAUAAAGAUAAGACGGAUAAACUCGUCGGCGCAGCCCAAAAAAGAGAGACCGCGACAACAGCCAGCCACGAAGCUAGCUCGUCAUGGCCAUGUCCAUCCUCGGCGCUCUCAAGCUCGCCCCGUCCCCGCCGGCGACGACGGCGCAGCCGGCGUGUCGCGCCCCCUCCUCGCUGCACUUCCACCUCGCCAACGCCGGCGCCGCCGCGCUGGUCGCCGCCUCGCUGCUCGUCGCCGACCCGGCCCUCGCCUUCAGGGGAGGCGGGCCGUACGGGCAGCAGGUGACGCGGGGGCAGGACCUCACCGGCAAGGACUUCAGCGGCCAGACGCUCAUCAAGCAGGACUUCAAGACCUCUAUCCUGCGGCAGACCAACUUCAAAGGCGCGAACCUGCUCGGCGCCAGCUUCUUUGAUGCGGACCUGACAGGCGCUGAUCUCUCCGAUGCCGACCUUAGAAACGCCGAUUUCUCGCUGGCAAAUGUAACAAAGGUAAAUUUAACAAAUGCCAACUUGGAAGGGGCACUUGUGACAGGGAACACUUCUUUCAAAGGUUCCAACAUAUACGGGGCAGAUUUUACUGAUGUUCCACUACGAGACGACCAACGGGACUACCUCUGCAAAAUUGCUGAUGGGGUAAAUACAACUACCGGGAACGCUACGAAGGAGACUCUCUUCUGCAAAUAAUGAACAUAAAUGAAGGAGAAUGGGGAUACUAGAGAAUUCAGAGGUUGAUUUAGUUCUCGAAUAGUACUGCCAUGUUUUUCUCUCUUUUUUUCUUAUAUCUUCCAGGAUGGAGAGAGUUCCAUGAACACACAAAGAAUAUAUGUAUCGGGUGAAUGGUUGCUGGGAAAUCAAGUGCUUAGUCGGAUGGUGUUAGCCUGGCAGGCAUAUUUAGUCCAGGGGUAGUUUUGCCGAAGUGUGCAUAACAAAGUUGAAGCUGUUAGGUGUGGCAAAAAAAAAAUCAGUCAAAUAUAUUCCUUUGAUAAUAAUAUUGAUACAUGGAAAUUCCAUUCA